UGUCAUACUGGAUCAACAUUGUCGCAGUUCAACUAUUAAUUUAGUGAUAUUUAAUCUUGUACUUCCGUCCGAUUUUAUGCAUUUAAAAUCGCGUGACUGCACUUUGAUUUAACAAUGGCAUGUCCAGUUAACCACACAGUGGAGCUGAACCCAGUCCUCCUCCCUCUAGACUGGCUUCUGGGUACCUGGGAGUCAGAUGAACCUGGGGAGGGCUGUUUUCCUACCAUAAAACCUUUCCGCUACACAGAGACACUGACCUUCAGCCAUGUGGGGCAACCCGUCAUCAACUUUAUGUUCAGUGCCUUUCACGCAGAGACUAAGAAGCCUCUGCACAGGGAGUGUGGCUUCAUUCGAAUGCAGCCGGGAACCAACAAAGUAGCAUUCAUCAUUGCACAGAACUCAGGUCUGGUGGAGAUUGAGGAGGGAGAGCUGACAGCACAGCAGUUGAACCUGCAGAGCCAGGCUCUGGCCAGAAUCUCUUUCGCCAGGGAGCCGCAUGUACAGCAGAUUUCUAGAGUGUUUCAGCUGCGACCAGAUGGGAGGCUGGAGCAGACAGUUUCCAUGGCAACAGACGACCAGGCACUGAUGCAGCACUUACACAUCAUCUACCGUCGGUCAUCUUGACUGAACAGGCUGGCAGGCUUCUUGUACAUAGGAACACUUCGGUCAGGAGAGAUGUUGCAAAAAAAAGGCUUGAUCAAUAAUCACUGAGUCAGUUAAUAUAAACAAGUGUACAGCUAUACAAUGGUAUAAUCCUUUAAUGUGGUAAAAGAGUUAUGGUGCCGUGUCAGAGUACCUGUUAUAUUAAAAUGAUUUACAUCAACUCUUAACUAUUAGGUUAUCUUCGAGUACACUACAUACAGUAAUACCUGGGUGGUGUUUAGGCACCACAGUGAGACAGAUGUACUAAGAGUUAAUGUUCCUUUAAAAAAUUAAAGGGGCCCUGUGGAGUUCUCUUGCAAACAAACGUUGGUUUUAUUUACAUUCAAUGGUACUCAAAUGUAUUGUGUCUGUCUGUGAGGUUUAACAAAUGUGUCAAGUGCAUUUUCGUCCUCACAGAAAAAUUUGUUAAGCACUUUAAAUCCUGCUUUGUUUAUAUCAGUGUUGACUAGCUUGCGUUCUUCUUAUUCCCUGCCUUUGCUGGCACGUCACCGCCCAGUGUAGAUCAGUGGAAAAGUGUGAGAGAUAAAUAAAAUGGGACCCACUUAUAGAAAAAACAUCUCUAUAGUGCUUCAAGAGAGCAAAAACUCCACAGGAAACCUUUAAUCCAAAUGAUCUUAGUAUUUAUUGUUCUAAUAUUUAAUGUUGUAGCUGUAAAGCUUAUGAAGCACUGCUGAAUUCAUGAUAAGUAAACUGUCCUCUUUUCUUUAAUUGCACUAUUUUGAAAUUUAAAGCGUAAGUAGUUGCUGUCUGUCUGGAGUGGAUGCUGGAUGAUUGUUAUUGUGGUUGUUAUUUAAGCCAGUAAACACAAGACUUCGACAUCGAAAGUCCGAGUUUGGUUUAUGUCUUUCAGUCAACAGGUUCAGGUACACACAUAGAAAUAGAAAUUUAACUUGUUUCAGCUCUUUAUUGUUUUACUUUUGUCUUCACUUGUUCCAAGCUUGUUGUUCUGUCAUUAUGGGUUUAAUGUAGUUGGAUAAAGUAUCAUAAAAUAAUCAACAUAAGUGCAUGGGUGAAGAUUUUAAGUUUAUUAUGUAUUUAAAAAAAAACACUCAGACAUUUAUAAAUUAACACUGUGAACACUGUGAAAACAGCCAUC